GACGGCCGGUUACCUAACGCGAAGCCCUCGCCAUUGAUUGUCGCGGCCGAUUGAUUGGCCGUGCCGAUUUGAAACCGCGCGAUACCCACGAUCCGACCGGCUGCGUGUUGUGUGUUGAUGUUGCGGUGAAUGUCAGAUGAGGGCGAGAUGGCGUCCCCAGAGGCCGAACGCGAGACCGUGUCAUCCGGCGGCCACUUACGCAGGAGGAAGAUUGUUGAAUGCGCCCAGCAGAUCACCGAACAAGCUUCCGAACUGUUGAAGAAAAAGAUCCCGUGCGCCGGCCACUUCCUGGCCCCCAAACGUCUUUGGCUGAAGCGCGUCUCGACGCCGAACUGCGAUGUGGUCGUGGUGUUCAGAGCGGGCGCCGAGGACUCGGUGCUGCUCUGGUUGUUGGGCAAGCUCCGUCAAUCUCCCGGCCUCACCGUCCACGUCAGGCAUCACGCUUCCACGCAAACCAGCGCCUUUUACCUCACGGCCCCCUUCCACGUUUUGUUAAAAGCCGCCGAAGAAUACCAUCUGCCCAAAGUGUUGAAACAGAACAAGGGUGGCGGGCUGAAGGAGUUUCUGAUGCACGAUUGCCAAUCGUACGAGGGUUUCGAGGACGAGGAGCACUUUUUCACCACCUGCGAGAAACAGUGGCUGGUGCUACGUCUGUUGGAGAGCAUCAGGGCGAAACCCCACGAUCUGGACUCGUUGCCCGGCAUCACUUUGCUAGAAGGACAACCCAUUGUGCCCAAAUGCCUUAUUUCCGGUGUUAUAUCGCAGAUAUUCCCAUUACAUGAGCCCUCGGCACUGGAGAGGCUGCAGCAGACUUGGGUUAGAGAUAUAUUUGCCAGACAACCUUUGGACGACAUAACGGAGUAUUUCGGAGUGAAAAUUGGAAUGUAUUUUGCCUGGCUGGGCCAUUAUACCACGGCUUUGAGUAUUCCGGCGGUGGUUGGUUUCAUAUUCUGGUUGUGCUGUAACGGAAGACAUCAAACUUUGGAAGAUAUCGGUUACGUGCUGUUCUCGGUGUUCAAUGUUGUAUGGGUGACGACUUAUUUGCAAGCUUGGAAACGUUAUUCGGCUGAGUUGGCAUUUAGAUGGGGUACUCUAGAUCAAAGGGACGACUUGCUAGCUGAGCCCCGUCCGCUUUUCAGGGUAGCGCGACAUGUUAUGAUAUGUUCUCAGGGGCCGCUGCACGCCAGCCCCGUGACCGGACGUCUGGAGCCCUACCAUCCACCCUGGAAGCGUCACGUGUUCCGCUAUCUGAUCUCGGUGCCCAUCAUCGUCUUCUGCCUGUCCUCCGUCUUCUUCAUCAUGAUCGUUUCGUUGCAAAUACAAGAUUGGUGGGAUGGAUUGUUGGAGUACCGUGGCUUUCCCAUGUGGUUGGGGUAUUUGCCCAAGAUUAUGCUAGCGGUUGUAAUUUCUUUGAUGGACGAAGCUUACUUUAAAAUUGCCAUCUGGCUGAAUGACAAAGAGAAUUAUCGUCUAGAGACCAAGUACGAGAAUCAUCUCAUCGGUAAAGUGGCAUUGUUUCAAUUUGUCAACUCUUUCCUAUCACUGUUUUAUAUUGCAUUUUAUCUACAAGACCAGGCCAGGCUAAAAGAGCAACUCGCUGCACUUUUAAUCUCAAGACAGGUGAUAGGAAACCUCAAAGAGUCGGCCCUUCCUUACAUGCUGGAACAUUUGCGACUGGCCAAAAUGAGUUUCGAUUUGUGGGGUGCUUUAAGUCCGGUUGUGGCUAGGCCUCCGCCAGGACAAGAAGCAGAACCGGCAACCAAACAAGACGAGGAAACCAAAGAAACAGGUUCGGAGCAAGCCAGUGCUAAAAGGAGCAUCAGCCAAGCUGAACUAGAAUGUUCCCUUUAUAAAUAUGACGGUACGUUCGCUGAUCAUUUGGAAAUGACCAUUCAGUUGGGAUAUGUGAUACUGUUUUCGUCCGCAUUCCCACCAGCUGCUCUUUGUGCCAUGUUCAACAAUCUGAUUGAAAUAAGAAGUGAUGCUUUCAAAUUAGCUUACGUGUGUCAAAGACCUUUCGGGCAGAGAGUACCUAAUAUUGGAACCUGGCAGAAUUGUAUGGAGUACAUGAGUAUAAUGGCUGUCUUGGUGAAUUGUGCCCUCAUUGGUCUGUCCGGUCAAGUACACAGGAUGUUUCCCGAUAUGACAGCCACCCAAACAAUACUACUAAUAGUUGCCCUAGAGCACAUAAUGUUGGUGAUACGCUUCAUAAUAACAUGCGCAAUACCAGACAUACCAGGUUGGUUGGCCACCGAAAUGGCCAAAAUAGAGUGGGCCAGGAGAGAAGCCAGUCGAAUGACGAAUGCAACUCCAUCGCCGGAAGAGUUCUCCUCCAAAUUGAUAGGUAGAUUUUCCGUUUCACCCAGCCACAGUCUAGUUUCAGCCCAACCUCUGAGAAAAUCCGAAGAGAAACUAAAGGAACCCGAGGAGCAGACCGAAGUAAAGGAACGUUCGGCCAGCAUCACACCCGUGCUAACACCGACCACCUCCAGUUCGACUUCCACCUCCCACAAGAACAUAUCGAUCACGGCGAGCAGCAUACAGGAAAUACCACCGUACCGGCCCAAAAAGUCCAAGGAUUGGACGGUACCUGAGCAUGAGAGUUCCCAUCACUUGACGAUUGGACCUAGUGGGGGCGUCGAGUGGGCGAGGCGUCUAAAAGAGGAAGCUGACAUACACAGGAGCACCGACUGCAUCACACCCAAAGAUGCGUCAAGUUCAGAUUCAGACUUGUUCAAGAACAGUCCCCUGUGGCCCCCCAGAAGCAGAUCCCCACCCGCCAAUCCUCACCCAAUUAUCCCCAUUAAAACCAAACCUGCACCCGCCGAGGCCUCACUCAGCGACAGUGCGAAGAGCGUGGCCAGUCAAGAAACUCCCGAAGAGGCGGCGGCUAGAGCUGCGGAAGAAUUGGCUGCCAAGAAGACGAGAGUGAAACAGAGCCUUAUGAAACGUGCCAGGUCAGUGGCGAUUUUCUCGCUGAAAUUGAAGGAACGCAGAGCGAGGGAGGCCGAGAAGGCGGCCAAACCUGUCACUCCGACCGCGGCCGCUCCUCUACCACCCCCGCAGUGCGGCGGCGGCGAGUUGUCUUGUAUACCAAUCGAAAUGCUCAUUCAGUUGGAGGACGUGAGGCGAAAUCAGAGGCCUAACCAACCAGGAACAUUGUAGCAACUUAACUAGGAAGUCAUGUAUAAAUAAAUAGUUAAAUUUUGUAUUAGUACCAUUAAAACUACAAUGAUAUAAAUGAGGCUGAAUUAUUUUAGUAUACUUUUAGUGAUUAACAGUGCUUUUGUAGUUGAUUUUUAUUGAUGUAAAAUUGUAACCAGAUAGGACCUCGGUAAUUGUGAAAUCUUGAUUUCUUUUUUAUUUAACAAAUCAGCAAAUCCAAAAUUAAAAUGCCUCUUGUCUUUAAGUUCGAAGCAUAAGUAGUGUUUAUAAAUAAUUUAAAAGUAUCUAUCUAUACAUACUAGUAUUUUCCAAUUUGAACGACAACAUAUGAUGGUAAACAUCUGUAGUGAUCUCAUAUAAUAUACUCUUCUUCACUGAUGAUUUAGUAGUACGUGACGUAUAUAUUUAUAAUAAUUUCACCUUUUACUAAUGUCUUUAAUCUAGCUUAUGUGUAUUAAAUACAUAUCUUUGCAACAUUGUAUCUGUAACAGCUUGGCAUCUUGAAACGGUCCUGUCUGAACCCCCAAAAACAAAUUGUCAAGUCAACCAGCAUGAAAUAGUGCAUAUCUAUCGAUCACUUUCCAUCUAUUUACCCUUUUAUAGAUCGAUCGAUUGAAGACCCUGAUCUCCACAAACAUUAUCCAAUUGUGCUUGGUGUGACAUUAUUUAGAAAGUUAAUUAAAAAGUAAUGUGAUAUUAUCAUUCCGAAAAUUCCAAACGCAUUUAAUUGAUACAUUGCUUAUUGUGUUUGAACCAAUGUGAAAACCCUAUUUUAAGAUUACUGUUUCGAAACAUUUCACGUUCUAUAAAUCUAAAGCUGUUUAAGCAAUAAAUUGUUACCAUAUAAAAAUACAAAUAGUGAAUUGUUCAAUAUUUCACUAUAUACAUACCUAAUGUUGAUAGUUGCAUAAGAUUGUUUUAAAUUAUUUUUUAUAAUAUACAUACAUAUAUACGUUAAUGUGAACUUAGAUAUAAGACUGUAAUAUUGCGGACAAUUUUUAUUUUCUUGAAUCAACGAAUCCCCACAAGUUUAGACUGACAAUGAAAGUUCAAAGUACCACGUUCGAAGCCAUUAAAUACAUACAAUAUAUGUUGCAACAGCUGUGUCAAUUUUUAACUUAGGUAAAUGAAUAUGUGAAAAUAAAAAUGGUCCCACACAAAAAAAAAAAUAAUGUAGAUUAUAGAGAAGCUGUACAUCCAUUAUUGUUUCGCUAGUACCCACUACGUCCGAAAAUUAUUGCCUUUCAUAUGAGUUAUAUUUUUAUAAAUAGUUUAAAAUGUAUUUUUUUGCAAUCUCAGCCAAUAGAGAAUUACAUGGCAUUAAAUAUGCUAGUUAGCAUAAAAUGUGCAUAUUUUUAUAGCCCUGCUGAAGAUCAAUAGUUGUCAAUAAUAUUAAUAGAUGUUGGUUUUCUAUUAGCUGACGUUGUGUUUGAAGCUUAUAAAAGUCAAAAAUAGAAAUAAGACUGCAUAGUGACGUUGUAACGGCAAUCUAGUUUGUCUUUUUGUUAUUGAACAAUGAACAAUAUGAUGCAAUAAGGUUUGAAACGCUGCAUGAACUUCUUCAUUGUUCCAUCAGUAGCCAUUAAACUCAUAAUAUAAGAGGGCUUCAUCGAACUCCAUGUUGCUUAAGUGUUAAGCUUGUUAAUAUUGUAUUUACUAAAUAAAAUUAAAGAAAAUAU